AUGAAGUUCGUGUGUUUACACGGCGCAGGCACGAACGCCGAAAUUUUCGAGAUCCAAACAGGAGGCUUAUGCCAGGUCUUAAAGGCCAAAGGCCAUCGCUUCCGCUUCCUCAAUGGCAAAUUCGAAGCCCCGGUCGAAAAAGAACUCGAAGGCGUGAUAGACGGACCAUUCUUUAACCACUAUGCGCGAACCAAAGACCCGCCGCCUGGUCCCCAGGUGGAGGAGGGCAUGGAGAAUGUGUACCAGUUCAUGGCGGCGCGCGGGCCAUUCGACGGGAUCAUGGGCUUCUCGCAGGGUGGUUCGCUCGCAGCGAGAUUGAUCAUCAAACACGCUGAGGAACACCCGCUCGAAGCGCCGCUGUUCCGGUGCGCGAUAUUUCUGUGCGCGGGGCAGCCGUGGGACAGUUCGGGAACCGAUUUCGUCGAGCCCAGGCCCGACUACCAUCCGAUCAAUAUCCCAACGGCGCAUAUCGUGGGGAAGAAUGAUCAUAUCUAUCCGAUGAGUACGAAAGUGUACCAGCUGUGUGAGCCUUCAAAGGCGUCGUACUAUGACCAUGGUGGUGGUCAUCAGAUUCCCUUUCAGUCGGAAAAGACCGAUGAGAUGGUGCGAGUGAUUGAGGAGGCCAUUGACCGGGCUCUAAAGAAAUAG